AUGCUGUGGUUCCCGGUGAAGAAGAUCCGGAAGCAGUUCAAGCUGCUGCUGCUCCUGGUGCUCCUCACCUUCGCCGUGUGGUUCACCUACCUGCACAUCAGCCUGGUGCGCCAAGGCAAGGCGCUGCGCCUGCACUUCGCCUACGGCAGAGGUAAGCAAGCGGCGGGCGCCUUUUUAUCCCCCCUGCCUGCCCCGGAGUGAAGGCCUUCCCCACCUCAAAGGAGAUCUUCUUUAGCCUUUGUUCAGUUACUCCCAAAUCAAUCCUUUCCUUUCCUUCUCUCCCCUCCUCUUACUUAGUUUUGAAUCAAAGCGAAGUAUAA